AUGUUUAUCCGUCGCUCUGAGACGGCUCUGCUCGCUUUCGCAGGUCUCACAGCGGCCCGUGCCAGCGCACCCAGCUAUAACAACACCGCAUUCUCGUUAUUUAAACAAACUGGUGGUCACAUAAAGAACACACGAAGUCUAUCAACCCCCGGGUUUUCGCCUAAUCCUUUCACAGACUUAACAUUGCCUCCUCACCGCUGCCCUCCAUGCUUCAAUUGUUUGUUACCCGCCUUUACGUGUGGGCAGUUUGGUGAAUGUAGCAGCUUCGACGGACAGUGCAAGUGUCCCCCAGGAUACUCGGGAAUAGAUUGUCUGACACCCCAAUGUGGGUCUUUGGCGGACGGCAAGGAGCGUCAUCCGCGCCCCAACGGGGAGCAAUGUCAAUGCAGUGAAGGGUGGACCGGCAUCAACUGUAACGUGUGUGAAACCGACGCAGCAUGUGCCAACUUUCCGCUCCGAGGUGGCCCGGAUGGCGAAUUCCUAACCCGAACGGUCGACCACGAUGCGGAUGUGCCUGUAGCAAACAUGACCUGCUACAAAGGUGGCGUUACCGUUGAAGAGAACUUUCAAAUGUGCGACGUCACGAACCGCAAGAUCCUGGACAUGCUCCCUGAUCGACCCCCACAAGUGACGUUUUCGUGUAAUAACGAGGACUCGACUUGUGCAUUUCAAUUUUGGAUCGGCCAAGUCGAAUCAUUUUACUGUGCUCUAGAUCAAUGUGAAAACAGCCUGAAAGUUGGGUAUGAUAGCAACACCACAACUUACCAUUGCGACAAGAUCAAGUGUCAAUGUGUCACUGGUCGCAUGUUGUGCGGAGAGGAGGGAAGCAUAGACAUUGGGGAUUUUCUUACCGAAGAAAUCAAAGGACCGGCCGACUUCUCGUGCAAGACUGGACAAGGCUGCAAAUUCCAAGAGCCAGCUAUGAAUAAUCUGAUCAAUGAUGUGUUUGGAGAUACUCAUAUCACUCUUAAUUGCAAGGGUGGCGAGUGUUUGCACUAUACGCAAGUGCCUGGAUACGUUCGCCCACCUCCUCCCGAUAACACCAGAUUCCUCGCUCUUAGUGGCUCCGCUGCUGGCUUGAUCCUUCUUAUCGCCUCAUCCUUAUUCUGGUAUAUUGGUCGUACACAAAAGACUAAGGGUCUGCGAGCAAUACAACUUCCUUCAGACGAAAACGCCAAGCUCAUGGCAGAUCAUGUCCCGGCUUCGUUGUACUUCUCCGAUGUGUCCUACACACUGGACGGCCGCCAGAUUCUUUCCGAUAUUGUCGGUGGCGCCCAACCGGGACAAGUGCUGGCGAUCAUGGGCGCUUCGGGUGCAGGAAAGUCUACUCUCUUGGACUUGUUGGCUAGGAAGCAGAAACGUGGCGCAGUUGGCGGCCAAAUACUAGUCAACGGAAAUAUCGUUACGGACGACGUAUUCCGUGGCCUGGUUGGGUUUGUCGACCAAGAAGACACUCUAAUGGGAACUUUGACUGUCUACGAGACAGUGUUAUAUUCCGCCCUGCUUCGGCUGCCUAGAGAGAUGAGCUUGGCUGCAAAGAAGUAUCGGACUCUUGAAACCAUUCAUGAGCUUGGCCUGGAUGCUAUCAAGGAUAUGCGGGUCGGAGAAUCCGGUCGUCGAUCAAUUUCUGGUGGUGAGAAGCGCCGAGUGUCUAUUGCGUGUGAAUUGGUCACGAGCCCCUCAAUUCUUUUCCUCGAUGAGCCGACGAGUGGUUUGGAUGCAUAUAAUGCAUUCAAUGUUGUGGAGAGCUUGGUAUCAUUGGCGCGAGACUACAAACGCACGGUUAUUUUUACAAUCCAUCAGCCCCGCAGCAACAUUGUUUCUAUGUUCGACCAGCUCAUCCUACUGGCGCAAGGGCGCGUUGUCUACUCGGGCGAGUAUGCCAAAUGCCAGUCCUACUUUGAGCAAAUUGGUCAUUCAUGCCCUCCUGGCUUCAAUAUUGCGGACUACUUGAGCGAGUUACUCUCUUUAUCCACCACGCAGAAACCUGCAGGCUAUCGUUCUUCUGCCCAACUAUCUCUUUCCGAGAGCUCGGCGGACGAAGAAAGUGGUCUUGUUCAGGGAUCUUCACAAGGUGCAAGCGAGGAUUCGACGGAACUUCGGACACGGCCUAGCACAUCUUCCGAGUCGGCGCCCGCCUCAGAACAUACGGAAACUGGUAACUACAUUCAGCGCAAAUCUUCUCAACUCUUUGAGGCGUUUUCCUCUUCUCCGCGCGCGGAGACGCCCGUGAUGCUUCCUCCUAAACUUGCUGCACUUGUUCAGUCAUACUCGGACAGCGAUGUUGCAGGUGGCAUUCUGGCUGAAAUCAUCCGAUUGCGUGAAACUGGCGGUGCAGUUCUCCCUGAGAGCGGUGGUCGUAAUUUGUACCGAGACCCUGCGUUGCUGGCGGCCCAUUACCUCUCUAGCGUUGGGGUUGCGUUAAUCUGCGCAUUGUUCUACCAUGGUGUAACUAACGAUAUCCCUGGGUUCCAAAACCGACUUGGAUUGUUCUUUUUCGCCCUUGCACUCUUUGGCUUCUCAUGCUUGUCCAUUUUGGGUAUCUUUGCGAACGAGAGGCUGUUGUUUAUGCGCGAACGCUCCAAUGUACCCCUUCGAGUCGUCCCGCCCAUGGUCUUUGGUGGCCUAGUCUAUGGGCUUGUUGGCUUGGUGCCCGAGUUGACUACGUUCUGGAAGUUUAUCUUGACGCUGGUCUUGUUCAAUCUCACAACGGCCAGCGUGGUUAUGCUCAUCUCGGUCGUGUUUUCACAAACCAGUGUGGCAAGUCUAGUCGGCACACUUGUAAUGCUAUUCAAUCUUUUAUUCACCGGGCUAUUGAUUAACCGAGACUCUGUGCCUCGGGCUCUAGAAUGGCUCUAUUACGUUUCCUUCUUCCACGCUGGCUUUGAGGCCCUUGCCGUGAACGAACUCAAGUACCUCACAUUACGGCAGAACAAGUUUGGUGUUCAACUUGAUGUUCCAGCCGCAACGAUUCUAUCAACGUUCGGUCUCCGAGCCCAGUCUUUCUGGUGGCCGAACAUCUCACUUCUCGCCAUCAUGUUCGCUACGUUCCUUACACUUAGCUUCUUAUGGCUCCAUUUCUUCGUGCGCGAGAACCGGUGA